GACGAUAAGGUAAGUAUUCAACAUGCACCACCACACACACAGCAUAUAUACAGCCGCCAAGAUCUUCUAAUGCUCCCAACACCUCUUCUGACGUUACGUGUUCAAGUCUGGCUACAAUGUUCCCCACAGUACCUCACUUAAAUGGAUCCGCAGGCCUCCCGCUGGAUAUUGUCAAGUCGCGUAGUUAAUUGGUUGGAUGCUCACCGUCUCGGCAGCUCCCGGUGGUCUCCACAGAGGCCUGAUCCUUCCUGGGGUGAGUACAAACAACAAGGACACGGCACAACACUGCAAAAGCUUCAGGUGUACUCACAUCAGAUAAAUCACUCACACGCUGCACAGCACACACUCCAGUGAAUAUUUAGGGUCCGUACUCCUCUCCUGGCUAGACCGGCUCUGGGGGGGGGGAGAUCGCAAUCGCUACACCGAGCGAUGUUCGAACCUGUUUGUAGUAGCUUCGCCACCCAGCGUCAGCACGGUACACGUACUCCGGCUCGCCCACCCGUCACACACACAUGGUGGGGCCGCUAUGAACAGAUAACACUCUUCUUUGGUUAUGUAAGUAUAUAUCACACACUUGUGGUUGAAUGUAACUUACGACUUGUAUAUCGUUAAUCAAUCUAUCUUCUGUUUCCUCUUCUUCCAGGAAAUCCACCAUGAAUCCAACUACACCGGUGUGCCUCGCCCAGACCUUCGUGUAAACACAGACAGUAUUGGGUAUAUCAACUCCCUUGUGAAAAUCCCUUGCUCACCCUCCGUGGACUUUUGACUCUUCCUCUCUCCACAGGUCUCUGAGGCAACUCCAACAAUGCUGUUCUUCCGUACUCGUAGCUCAACCCAGCGUGCACUCACAGCGUCCUUCCCGAUACAACAGCGCACUUCCUGUCUCUUUACUCUCCUCUUUAUACCCCCCCUUCUGGCAUGACUCAACCAAUCACCACUCGCCACGUUGUUUACACAGCUGCGAUUCAUUCCGUGUGAUUUUGGGGAUUCCCGGGGAACCCGGAAGUGCCGGUGUUUGUGAAAUCCGGCCCGGGCGGAACCUCUUCUCUCACUUUGGUUACGCCCUACCGAAUCACUCCGUGACAAUCAUUUCAAAUUACCUGCAUCAUGUGGCCAGCUUCGCUCAUCCAUGUUGUUUAUCAUAUAAGCUAGGCUUCCUCGACUUCAUGCGGCGCUGCAAGAACCGGCAAUCGGAUGAUAUCAAACCGCCGCGAGAAUGAUUUGAGAAAUCAUACAGGAGUCUUCUUAUCAAUCGUUCUCGCAGUACUUUAAAGUCAUCCGCCUGCCGUUCUUGCGGCACCGCAUAAAGUCAAACUCACUUUAUAACUUUGUCUAUUGCUGUCAGUAGUAGGGAUGGGCAUCGAAACCCGGUUCCACUCGAGAACCGGUUCUAAGUUUAACGAACCAUCGGAAUUGUAUGUGCUGAACGUUAACGAGUCCUCUUAUCGAUGCUCCGAGUCCCAGCCAAAUACAGCCGUGCACUCGAGUCGCAAUUGUCCCUUUGUCCUUUAUCGCGCACCAUAGAUAGCACAGCGUCUACGCAUCUGCGUGCCAUCAUGACGUCAAAGCGAUUUGAGCACAGGAGGGAAUUAUGGAGAGAAAGAAGCGAUCCAAAGCUUGGCUUUAUUUCACAAAACGUGACGAAAAUCAUGCCGUUUGCAAUAAUUGCAAGGCGGUGAUUUCGUGUAAGGGUGCAAAUACAAGCAACAUGCUUAAACAUAUGUUAACCCAUGGUACUAAAUUGCAGGAAUGCCGUGUUUUUGAUCCGCUGCGUACAACUGCGCAAGCUAGCAGCACCGUAACCUCCAUUGAACAGGGUAAUGUAAUGUUACACAUCACUGGCGUCUUACAAAUAACAGGCAUAUUGUACGAAAACACUCUACUGUGUUUGUGUACUUAUUCUCGCAAUAUCCAUUUUAGAUGAUAGGCAGGAUGAAAUCAUUAGCUCCCAGUCAACAGGCUGCUCGAGUAACGUUACGAGUGAAGAAAUGCGUUUGCCAUUCACACUCGCUGCUAUGGGAAGAAAACUAAAUGAUGAGAAGGUAAACGAGUGUCACAGAGCAGUAACCAGGUUCGUGGUGAAAGGGUUACACUCAUUCUCAACGGUGGACCAACCAGAUUUUAGGGAGAUGAUCAGGACAAUAAACCCCAGGUAUAAGCCACCUUCAAGGGACUACCUUAGCAACAGUUUGAUCCCUGCAUGGUACCAAGUUGAAAAAGAAAACUUGUUAUCUGCUGUCAAGGAUGUUACAAAGGCAGCCAUCACAGCAGAUGGAUGGACUAGCCUGGCCCAGGACCAUUACCUCACAGUCACACUCCAUUACACCAGACAGGGCACUACUGUAGGGAAAGUCCUUAAAACUAAAGCAGUAUAUGAAGCCCAGACUGGUGAUGCUGUGGCUGAAGAAGUUGAAGCAAUGCUGAAGGAAUUCGAAGUUAGAGAAAAGGUUGUUGCAGCAACAGUGGACAAUGCAGCGAAUAUGGAUGUUGCUGUGAAGAAGAUGCAGGUUUUGAAGAUCAGCUGCUUUGCACACACAUUAAAUCUCGCCGCACAAAAAAUUAACAAAUGCAGCAUCAUUUGCAAUUGGUCUGCAAGAGUACGUGCUAUAGUUGUUUGGAUGAAGAGGUCCCACAUGGCAAAGGUCAUUUUGAAGGAAAAGCAGCAAUUACUGAACCUCACUCAGCACUCACUAAUUGUUGAUGUAAAGACACGAUGGAAUUCUCUUUAUCUGAUGAUUGAGAGGUUCUAUGAGCAGUUCCCUGCUAUUCAAGCAGUAAUAAUGGACCCGCGGAUAAAAAAAAACAAUCUGAGAAGGAAAAGCUGCUUGAGAAACUGCAAAUGGAGGACUUCAGGAAGGCAAAGGAGUUCAUGGAGUUGAUGUCUGUACUCUACACGUCGACACUCUGUGUAUCUAGUGAAAAAAGCCCUACAUGUGGCCAAAUCAUUCCAAUUUUAAAAAAGUUGGAGUCCCACUAUGCAGUCCAGGCCGAAGACUCUGCAUUUGCAAGAAACAUUAAGGAGAAAAUCUGGACUGACCUUUCAGCACGUUACCAGGUUUCUUUACAGAUACUCAUUAAUUUCCAGUCUUCAUGUGAAUGACUCACCGUUGUCCUUUCUUACAUUUUUUAUUAAGAAUGAAAAUGUCCAUAACUUCCUGGAAGAAGCAACGGUGAUGGACCCUAGGUUCAAGUUGAAAAUAGACAGUGAUGCCAUUUGGGACAGGCUGAGGUCUGCAGCAAUUGUAGCAGCCACACCCAGAGAGACAGAAAAGCAGUCAGAGCAGGAAGACAACAUACCGAGUCUAGGACAAUCUCAGGAGGUGGAAGAGAAGCAACAGGAGGAGGUAGAAAACUAUACACCACAUAUAAAACACCCCAGGAAGACAGCCUUGGAGAAGCUGUUUGCGGAGGAGGAGCAUGAUUUACAAACAGCCCCACAACAGACUCUGACAUUUUGUGAACGACUGGACCGAGAAAUACUGAUGUACAGAGCCAUACCUUCCAUCUCUGUAUCAGCGGAUGCUACUCUUUGGUGGUGGCAGAAGAGGGACACGAUGCCUCUUUUGGCUGAUCUUGCCCAAACAUAUCUGUGUGUUCAGGCAUCUUCUAC